CGUGAGUGUGGGAAAAGCUUCAAUCGCAUAUCAGCCCUUUCUAGACAUCAGAGAAUCCACACAGGGGACAGGCCCUACGAAUGCCGUGAGUGUGGGAAAACCUUCAAUCGCAGAUCAGCCCUUUCUGUUCAUCAGAGAAUCCACACAGCGGACAGGCCCUACGAAUGCUGUGAGUGUGGGAAAACCUUCAGUCGCCGAUCAGACCUUUCUAAACAUCAGAGAAUCCACAAAGGGGACAGGCCCUAUGAAUGCCAUGAGUGUGGGAAAACCUUCACUAGCAGCUCACACCUUUUUAGACAUCAGAGAAUCCACACGGGGGACAGGCCCUACGAAUGCAGUGAGUGUGGGAAAAGCUUCACUAGCAGCUCAGACCUUUCUGUUCAUCAGAGAAUCCACACAGAGGACAGGCCCUACGAAUGCCGUGAGUGUGGGAAAACCUUCAGUCGCAGCUCAGACGUUUCUAAACAUCAGAGAAUCCACACAGGGGACAGGCCCUACGAAUGCCGUGAGUGUGGGAAAAGCUUCACUCAAAGAUCAAACCUUUCUGAACAUCAGAGAAUCCACACGGGGAAAAGGCCCUACGAAUGCCGUGAGUGUGGGAAAAGCUUCACUCAAAGAUCAAACCUUUCUGAACAUCAGAGAAUCCACACGGGGGACAGGCCCAACGAAUGCCAUGAGUGUGGGAAAACCUUCAAUUGUAGAUCAGCCCUUUCUGUUCAUCAGAGAAUCCACACAGGGGACCGGCCCUACAAAUGCAGUGAGUGUGGGAAAACCUUCACUCAAACAUCAACCCUUUCUGUUCAUCAGAGGAUCCACACAGGGGACAGGCCCUACGAAUGCCGUGAGUGUGGGAAAACCUUCACUAACAGCUCACACCUUUCUAGACAUCAGAGAAUCCACACGGAAAAGCGAGAGACUACGUGUAGUGAGUGUGGGAAAAACUUCCACUACCGCUCAGCCCUUAUUCGACAUGAGAUAAUCCACACGAAAGAGACACCUUACAAAUGCUGUGAGUGUGGGAAAAGCUUCAAUCGUACCUCAGCUCUUAGUAGGCAUCAGCGAAUACACAGAGGAGAGAAACCCUAUGAAUGCUAUGAGUGCGGGAAAAGCUUCACUCAGAGAUAUACGCUUAACUCUCAUCAGAGAAUCCACACAGAAGAGCGACCCUACGAAUGCUGCAAGUGCAGGAAAAGCUUCACUCAGAGAUCAGCCCUUAUCUCUCAUCAGACAACGCACACGGGAGAGCGACCCUAUGAAUGCUGUGAGUGCGGGAAAAACUUCACCCGAAGCUCAAACCUUACUAGGCAUCAGAGGGUCCACACAGGAGAGAGACCUUAUGAAUGCCGUGAGUGCGGGAAAAGUUUCAGUCACUUCUCCUCCCUUAUCUCUCACCAGAGAGUCCACACAGGAGAGAGACCCCAUGAAUGUUGCGAGUGUGGAAAAAGCUUCUCUCGGAGCUCAAACCUUACUAUGCAUCAGAGGAUCCACACAGGAGAGAGACCCUAUGAAUGCAGUGAGUGUGAGAAAAGUUUCACUCACCUCUUCUCUCUUAUCUCUCACCAGAGAGUCCACACAGGAGAGAAACCCUAUGAAUGCAGUGAGUGCGGGAAAAGCUUCUCUCGGAGCUCAACCCUUGUCACACAUUACACAGUCCACACCGGAGAGAAACCCUAUGAAUGCAGUGAGUGCGGGAAAAGCUUCACUCAUAGCUCAGGCCUUUCUAAACAUCAGAGAAUCCGUAAAGGAGAUAAACUU